AUGUCGGCUAGCCGGAAGGGGCGGAACCUUUCCGAGGAAACAAAAGCGAAGAUGUCUGCUUCCUCUUAUAACGCGGGCAAACCGAUCUACUUGAGGAUGUCCCUAAGGGAGAGCCCCCGAAUUAAAAAUCGAACGCCGUUUAAGGUUAACGGAGCUCUAAGACCCGCUCCCCUAAGAUCUGAUGAGUCCUGGCCGGACCAAGUGUAUGAAUUACUUCUCUCCAUGGCUAAAGAGGGGCUGGUUGGGGUCUACUUGUGGAUAAACAAAGAGAGUGAAAAAAGUAUGUGGGGUCUUCUAUUAACUUGUACAACCGGAUCAAAGGUGGAUGCGCCUACUCCUAUCCCUACUUAUACUUUUGCUAACAGUGUCCCUACUGAUCCUCAAGUUCCGAAAGUCUAUAACAAUUUGAGUAGGGUUCAAAGAACCAUGUGUGAUAAGGGGAAAACUAUUCUCUUGGCUGCAGAUGCGGAUAAAAGGAAAACCCGGAUGAUGUUGGUGGUAGCGGGAGGCUUAUUGAUUUUGAAAUGA